AUGCUUGCGCUGAAAGCAUCCGAACUAGGUAUAUCAAGGCCAUAUACACUUUCUCGGAAGCUUAGAAGAGCAACUCGAUUUAUCACGAUUACCUGGACCAUGACCGUCGCCGAGCCUAAUUUCUCUGCGCCCGCGCAAACAGUUAAAUGUCACGGCUUGUUGUUUGACAUGGACGGCACUAUCAUUGAUUCUACUCCAGCCAUCGUCAAGCACUGGCAAAGAAUCGGGGAAGAGAUUGGUGUCGACCCAAAGGUGAUUCUUGCUACGUCACACGGCAGACGUUCGAUCGAUGUUCUCCAAAUAUACGAACCAAAGCUGGCUAAUUGGGAGUACAUCAGCCACGCUGAAGGUCGGAUACCAAUCGAAUUUGGUUCAGAUGCUGCGGAGAUCCCUGGCUCCCGCGCCAUGCUAGAUCGACUCGACGAACAGUCUACUCCGUGGGCUAUCGUCACCUCAGGUACGCGUCCUCUGGUCACUGGUUGGCUAGAGGUCAUGAAGUUGGCGCAUCCCAAAAACAUUGUCACCGCCGAAGACGUGCCGAAUGGCAAACCGGAUCCAGCGUGCUACAAGAUGGGCGAGAAGAAACUGCUUCUCCAGCAGCAAAUGCCAUCUAUUGUUGUCUUCGAAGACGCUCCAGCUGGUGUCCGAUCAGGAAAGGCAGCUGGCUUCACUGUCAUUGCGCUCCACACAACGCAUUCGUUGGAACAGCUCGUGGAGGCCGGCGCAGACUACAUUGUCAAAGACAUGCAAAGUGUGACCUUGAGGGCUUGGGAUCAGACGACUGGUAGUGGUGAACUCGAGAUUACCAACGCCCUGGUAUAG